AAGUUCAUCUAACGGUGUAGCAGUGGUGUUUGGUUGGACGGCCAUUGGAAGAGGUUUGUUCCUCCUUGGUCGUGUUUUAUGUUUUUAAAUGCUCUAGUUUUAGGAGUUUGGUUGAUAUUUUGCAGUUUAUAAUCGGAGCAAAUCAAGAACAAACCAGGAUUGAACACUCCGCUCAGCCUUUUGUGUUGUUUGGAGUUUCCACCAUGGCUGAGCAUCUAUCUCAAAGUGAACUAGACUACCCUUUCAAAUUACUGGAGUACUUCAAUGGCUUCAGAAUUUCCAAGGUGAUCUUUUCAGCAUGUGAGCAGGGUGUGUUCGACUUGCUUCUGCAAUCCCAGAAGCCCCUGAGUGCAGCUGAGGUAGCACGAGAACUCGGCACCAGUGAGGAUGGCAUGGAGCGGCUCCUCGAUGCGCUUGUGGGUGUUGAGGUCUUGGAGGUGGAGCUAACACAGGGCACAGCCUAUUACAGCAGUACUGAUGUUGCUAAUCUGUAUCUGGCCAAGAACAGCGCUAAAUCUUUAUAUGACAUGAUCAUCUACCAGUCCCAGACCAUCUACCCUCUCUGGAACAACUUGGGAGAUGCGGUCAGGGAAGGAAAGAACCAAAAUGAAAAAACCUUUGGUCUCUCAUCGGAAGACAUCUUCUCAGCUAUAUACAGGUCAGAGGAAGAGAUGUUAAAGUUUAUGGGUUUGAUGAACUCAUCAUGGGUCAUUGAUGGCCAUGACGUAGUAAAUGCUUUUGACCUGUCCAGAUUUAAGUCCAUAGUGGAUGUUGGAGGUUGUUCAGGUGCCUUGGCCCGUGAAUUAGCUAAGGCCUACCCUGCUUCCACAUUGACUGUCCUGGACUUGCCAGAAGUCAUCCAAACAGCCCAGAAGCACUUCUCUCAAAGUGAUGACACCAUCAAGUUUCUUGAAGGGGACUUUUUUAAGGAAGACCUCCCUGCUGCUGAUCUGUAUGUCCUAGCAAGGAUCAUCCAUGACUGGAAGGAGGAGAAAAGUCUGAUGCUGCUGAGGAAGAUUCACGCAGCCUGUAAUUCAGGUGGAGGUGUUCUGCUGGUAGAGGCUAUGUUGUUGGAGAACCACAGAGGCCCCAUCAUGGCUCAGCUCUUCUCCCUGAACAUGCUGGUUCAGACGGAGGGGAAGGAGCAGCCACCCUCUCACUACACACGCCUGCUCACGGCGGCUGGCUUCACUGACGUGGGGGUGUGCAGGACGGGCAAAUCCUACGACACCAUCCUCGCUCUCAAAUAACUACACAUGUACCCCCUGUAUCAAUGCAGUAUAACGUUUCCUCUGCUGUAUGAAGUUAAUGCGAACCAGGAUUGCAGAGAGGAAACCCUGUAUUUGGAAACUUUUUAAAAUGCUUAAUUCCUCGUAGAGAGAUUGUUUUCAAAUUUCACAUCAUCUAUAAUUCUGUAUCCAGGAUUUUUUGUAAGGAUAAAAGUGUAGUUAGUAGUUUCUUGGACAUAAAAACAAUAGGAACAAUUUAUUAUGCCGCACAUAUUUAAUUUAAUGGUCUAUUUAGGAUUAUUUUAGUUGAAGAAUCAAACUUAUAGGGAUGGACUGAAGAAUGGAGGAAAAGCUUUGACAAAAACAUGUAUUACACUGCAAAAAAAUGCAAGACACACUUAAAUCUAGUCUCCUUAGUGUACUAAAAUCAAGAAAAAUAAAAUAAAAAUCUGCCAAUGGGGUAAGCAAAACUGACUUGGUAAGAGUUCUGGAAAAUACCAUAAAUAUUCAGUCACUAAAAAUGCUAUUGGAUCUUAAAACCAGACAAAAAUGGCAAAAGUUAAGCAAGUGUUUUUUUUAUUUAUUUUUAUUAUUAUUAUUAUUUUUUUUACAAACAAUUAAAACUCAACUAUUUAAGAUAGUCUUACUUAAAAUGAACAUUUUCGUCUUUUGAUUGAGCUGACUUUAAGAAUCUAUCCCUUAAUCUGAGAUUAAAAAUUAGAAGAAGAAAAAAAAAAAGCUUACAAUAAGACACAAUUUCUUCCAAACAGCAUAAUAAAAACAACAGACACAAGACAAAAACAUGUGGACUGUGAGAUCGGCUGUAGCACACAUGACAACACAUAAACACAACAACAAGAAAAGCUUGACAAUUAGGUGCUGAAAUAUUAGAACUUCUAUAAGGAUGCUUAUUAGGGGUAACACAGAACAGGUGUGAGUGAUCAGUGGGACAUGUGACAUGCUGGGGCUGAUGGGUAAUGUAGUUCAGUGUGGAUUUCAGCAUAACCAUGACACAGCUGCUUCAUUGGAAAAUUGAAGCAUGCAAUUGAUCUUAGUCUUAAAAUAAGGAAAACCAUCAUGUUCCUCUGCCAGGAUAUGAUGCAAACCAUUGUUGUAGCUUGUUACUGGUUAAAUCUAGCUCAAUAUUAGCUGGAAUAUCGUAUUAAGAUAAAGUUAGAUCAAUUUUCUUAAAAUUAUAUAGAUUUUUUUUUAUUAUUUAUGUUGCAUUAUGUUUUGCAUUAGAUACUUUUCUAAUGCAAAACAUGCUUGAUAAGAUUAUUUUUCUUUUUACACAUAAAAUAAGACUUAAUUUCCCCAAAACCAAAGCUUUUUUGCUUUCUUGAAAUUUCUUUUUUGCAGUGUACAUGCGUAGACAAUCUUUGACGGAAUUCAACACCAGCCCUUAAAUGAGUUUGGAGUAAUCUCCAAAAUGUUCAUGGUAAUUGCACACACACACACACACACACACUAGAGAUGCAGUAGAUAGAGAUUACGAGAUUAAACACUGAAGUUUUUAGCUUUAAGUUCCACAUUUCCAGCCUGAAGUCCUGCACUUCCUUUAUCAAAAUAUGAUUAGUAUUACUGUAGUGACUGGAAUUAUAUCUGUACUUUCUUCAGGUCUCUGUUUACCUCACAUAACUGCUGUUUGGACCCUAACUGUGAAAAAAAAGCUGUGAUGUAUAUAAUAUUUUUUUGUAUUAAAUGCACUAGACUGGUGGGUGUACUGUAUGUUAAGAAAUAAUUACUCCUUUUACACUUAUAUAUAAUGAUUAUUGAUGAGUAUUACAGCAUGAUUCUGUGUGUGUGUGUGUGUGUGUGUGUGUGUGUGUGUGUGUGUGUGUGUGUGCAUUUUGCAGAAAUACAGUAUUUGAGAAUUAAUAAUAUUUGUCUUUAAUUAAUGUCAACAGACAACAUUUGUGUUCUCUCAUAUUGGCUGUCCCACAUGUCAGAUAAAAUCACAUUUGUUUUGUAAACAGUUAACACAAGAACACUGAAUAAAUUUCAGUCACCUUCUCUA